UGGUCUUCGUUUUCGUCUCCAAUUUGUUCUCGGCCGGUUUGAGGAGCGAACCCACCUUGGAUUGCUUGAUUGAUGAUGGGCUGACACCUAACUAAUGGCUUAAUUGAUCAUGAUGGAUGGCCACUUGGAGAGUCCUUUCGGCAGGACCGCGUCAACGCGCAGUCGUCUGAGGUCGGUAGGGUUGGUUGGUUGGUUUCUCAUAGGAAAUACGUAAGUGCCUGUCCUCUUACAUGGGUGUUCCUAUCCACUGCGAGUUUCCGAAUCCUAUUUUCUAAUCCCCACCAUUAGGGUCCCAUUGAGCACUAGAUAGCCGAUACAGAAAAGUUCCAUCCCCGUGAUAAGCUGAAUCAAGGUACGGGUGGGGGAAGAGGCACUCGAUUAGUGAUAAGGUAAUCUAAUUGAUGACGCUUCCUCCCCACAUAGCUAAACCUGGUCGCGCGGCAGAUAGUGGAUGGAAUUCGGCAUGGACACGCUGAGAGCUCUGGAGCCGUUGCACCGCGUCUGCCAGGUGUGCAACCUGUGGCCCUGGCGCCUCGCCCCCCCGCCUGACCCGGAGGGCAUCCUGCUCCGGCGAUCGCGCUGGCUGGAGCUGUACGGCUGGACCGUGCUAAUGGCGGCCACCAGCUUCACCGCCUACGGCCUCUUCCAGGAGAGCAGCGUAGAAGAGAAAAAGGACUCGGAGUCCACCAUCUCGAGCAUAGGUCACACGGUUGACUUCAUUCAGCUGGUGGGCAUGCGGGUGGCUCAUCUGGCUGCCUUGCUGGAGGCCCUGUGGCAGCGGCAGGCGCAGCGAGGCUUCUUUGCGGAGCUAGGCGAGAUCGAUCACCUGCUGUCCAAGGCGUUGAGGGUGGAUGUGGAGGCUAUGCGCCUCCAGAUGCGUCGCCAAACGUCGCGCCGAGCUGUGUGGAUUCUGUGGGGCUAUGCGGUUAGCCAACUCCUUAUCCUGGGCGCCAAGCUGCUCUCCCGCGGCGACAGAUUCCCGAUCUACUGGAUCAGCUACUUGCUGCCACUGCUCGUGUGCGGAUUGCGUUACUUUCAGAUCUUCAACGCCACUCAGCUCGUGCGCCAGCGCCUGGAUGUGCUCCUAGUGGCCUUGCAGCAGCUUCAGCUGCACCAGAAAGGACCCGCAGUGGAUACUGUGCUGGAGGCGCAGGAGGAUCUGGAACAAGCGGCAAUGGAUAGACUGAUCGCUGUCAGACUCGUCUACCAACGGGUGUGGGCCCUAGUGGCCUUGCUAAACCGCUGCUACGGGCUGUCCAUGUUGAUGCAGGUGGGCAACGACUUCCUGGCCAUCACCUCCAACUGCUACUGGAUGUUCCUCAACUUCCGCCAGUCGGCGGCCUCGCCCUUCGACAUCCUGCAGAUAGUGGCCAGUGGCGUAUGGUCUGCCCCCCACUUGGGCAAUGUGCUUGUCCUCUCGCUGCUUUGCGACCGAACGGCCCAGUGCGCGACUCGUCUGGCCCUGUGCCUGCACCAGGUGAGCGUGGAUCUAAGGAAUGAGAGCCAUAACGCUCUGAUAACCCAGUUCUCGCUGCAGCUACUCCACCAGCGGCUCCACUUUAGCGCCGCUGGCUUCUUCAACGUGGACUGCACCCUUCUCUACACGAUCGUGGGAGCCACUACCACGUACUUGAUAAUCCUGAUUCAGUUUCACAUGAGCGAAUCCACCAUUGGCGGUGGAUCCAACGGACAGUAGCAACCGAUCAGCAGAAGUGACCUGUUGCCACAUGUUGACACAAAUAUUAAAUAAUGGCUUUAACGUUUUAUUGGUCCAUAAUUUAAAAUAAAAUACCACCAUCGGUCAUCGGCGGAUAGGCCAGUGCCAUAUUUUCCUGUCCUAGGCACCAGGCGAUCAGAAGCCUUAGCCAGUGCCAGCUGGCAGAUCGAAAUAAGCUGAAACAGCUGUUGUUUUUUCAUGAUGGCUGCCGCAUACGUUUCCCCAAUCAAUUUUCGACCAAUAGGAAGCCAGUUGAUGGAAUAAAACCGUUAGUUGAGCUUAGAAGUAAACAGAAACAG